UCAUCUGGAAGCAGAAUGUCGGGCACAGAGGGCAAAGGCGUGGUGAAGGACUCCAGGGCGCAGCCCUCACUGGGGACGGACCCCUUCGAGGACACACUGCAGCGGCUGCGGGAGGCCUUCGGCGCGGGGCGCACACGGCCGGCCGAGUUCCGGGCGGCGCAGCUCCGGGGCCUGGGCCGCUUCCUGCGGGAGCACAAGCAGCGGCUGCAGGAGGCGCUGCUGCAGGACCUGCGCAAGUCGGCUUUCCAGGCGGACUUGUCCGAGCUCAUCCUGUGCCAGAAGGAGGUGGAGCUGGCGCUCCGGAACCUGCACGCCUGGAUGAGGGACCAGCCGGUGGCCAAGAACCUGUUGACGCCGCUGAGCUCGGCCUUUGUCCGGAAGGAGCCCUUCGGCCUGGUGCUCAUCCUCAGCCCCUGGAACUACCCCGUGAACCUGAUCCUGAUGCCCCUGGUGGGCGCCAUCGUGGCCGGGAACUGCGUGGUGCUGAAGCCGUCAGAGAUCAGCCAGGCCACGGAGAAGGUCCUGGCCGAGGUGCUGCCGCAGUACCUGGACCAGAGCUGCUUUGCCGUGGUGCUGGGCGGCCCCGAGGAGACCGGGCAGCUUCUGAAACACAAGUUUGACUACAUCUUCUUCACGGGGAGCCCUCGAGUCGGCAAGAUCGUCAUGGCCGCGGCCGCCCAGCACCUGACGCCCGUCACGCUGGAGCUGGGGGGCAAGAACCCCUGCUACGUGGACGACGACUGCGACCCCCAGACCGUGGCCAACCGCGUGGCCCUGUUCCGCUACUUCAACGCCGGCCAGACCUGCGUGGCCCCCGACUACGUGCUGUGCAGCCCCGCCAUGCAGGAGCGGCUGGUGCCCGCCCUGCAGGCCGCCAUCACCCGCUUCUACGGCGAGGACCCCAGGGCCUCCCCGGACCUGGGCCGCAUCAUCAGCGACAAGCACUUCCAGCGGCUCCGGGGCCUGCUGGGCUGCGGCCGCGUGGCCGUCGGGGGCCAGAGCGAGGAGAGCGACCGCUACAUCGCCCCCACGGUGCUGGUGGACGUGCAGGAGGCGGAGCCGGUGAUGCAGGAGGAGAUCUUCGGGCCCAUCCUGCCCGUCGUGACCGUGAGCAGCCUGGAUGAGGCCGUGGACUUCAUCAACCGCCGGGAGAAGCCGCUGGCGCUGUACGCCUUCUCCCGGCGCAGCCAGGUGGUGAGCCAGGUGCUGGCGCGGACCAGCAGCGGCCACUUCGGAGGCAACGAGGGCUUCCUGUACCAGACGCUGUGGUCCAUGCCCAUGGGGGGCGUCGGCCACAGCGGGAUGGGACGGUACCACGGCAAGUUCUCCUUCGACACCUUCUCCAACCCCCGCGCCUGCCUGCUCUCCCCCGCGGGCCUGGAGAAGCUCAGGGACCUCCAGUACCCGCCCUACUCCGCCACCAAGCAGAAGCUGGUCCGCUGGGCCCUGGCCUCCCCUGGCUGCACGCUGCUGUGAGGCCGGCCUCUCGGCCCCCCAGCCCCGCCCGCCGCU